AUGAUUUACGAAGCGAAGAUCCGUGACGUAGAUCCGGAUGAAAAGUUGGGCAGGUACUUCGUGCAUUACAUGGGAUGGAACAACAAAUGGGACGAAUGGGUCGAUGAUAGUCGGAUUUUGAAGUACAGCGAGUCCAAUUUGGAUACCGCUAAAGAGGUCAAUAGUCAAAACACGUCAGUGAGCACCAAAAAGGGAAUGGCCCCUGGUAGCCGCAAGCAAAAGUCUAAUGACAGCGAGAAGACUCCUUCUCAUGAACGACCUGACGCUGGGCAGGACGCACCGGCAGCGGCCGAAGGCAAGUAUACGUUUCUU